AUGUAUAUCUCAAUGCACCGUGGGGGCGCAGGCCCUCCCCCCGAGGUUGUUUACUACGGCACCUUCGUCGCGUACAUCCUCCUCGGCAUCCUAGCCACCCUUUUGGUGAUAGUCCUCGGAUGUGCCAUCCGUGACCGCUUACAAGACACUUCCGCGGACGACUCCCAUGACGAGGAAGAAAGAGAGCCGUAUGACCUCACCCUGACAGCCGAUGGCCGUCUGCUUAACAACGGGGACGGCGGACGGCCUUCUCAAUAUGGAACCCUCUACUGGGGCGGAGUAUGGUACAAUUCUGACGGAUCUGCUAUGAGCUACGAAGAUUGGUUGCAAGCCGUCUACGACCCCGUCGACUGGAGCAAUGAUUCGGAUUGA